UGAAAUAGUUUGGGCUUAACUGGGAGAUCUGACACCGUAAGACCUUGAUCCUAAUAUCAGUUCCAGCACUAGCUUAGGUAGGGGUGAGAGAUGCAUCAGUCACUUCUCCUCUUUUUGGUUUAGUGUCACUCUCCAUAGCAAGGCAUGUUCUUCAAGUCUACACAGUGAUUGAAGUUGUGAUUUUAAAGAGAUUUUAUUGUACGGGACAUCAGUGCUAGAGCAGGAAGACUUGUCACUAUUUAAGAAAAACAAUAGAAAUGUUAUAUUUACUGCACAAGAAGCAUACAGCAUUGAACAGAUGAUGAUGAGGCAGUUGGGACACAGGCAUUUGGUUGCUGCAUUUCGAAUUAGCACAGUAUGGUAAAAUCACUGACCAGGAUUUAAUUUCCAUUUUUUGUUCUAAUUUGCAUCUUCAGUCCCAGGAAUUUGGGAGCUGACCAGCUGAAGGCUCAUGUGAGUAAAAGUCCAGUAUUUCUUUCUGUCCUCAAAAAAGAAUAAAAAAUACACAGCUUCCCCCCUGCUUUUUCCUCUCAUGCAUAUACACACUCUACAAUGUCUGCUCCUCAGGAAAUAGGCAUAAAUAAACCACAAUCAUUUGUGUCUUAUUUAAAUAAGCUUUUCCUUUGGUCUCUUAGGACAAUGAAACGGAGUGAAAGCGUCACUCUAAUAGAGAAGCCCAGUAAAGAAACAGGAAUGUCUGAAGCCUGAGCACCUUGCAAGAGUGGCUUUGAAUCUGCAUGCACACGGGGAAAGGUUCCAUGCUUAAGAAGAAAAAUAAAUGGAAGAAAUAGAAAAUGGUUUAUUGCUCUUGUUCUAUCAGGGUUAAGUUGAGGUAUCAGCACUACUACAGAAUUGUAAGAAAAACUACAAACGUAUUAACAGCUGGUCCACCAUUCCUGUGCUCUAUAAUUAUUUUAUGAAAAAACAGCAGCACCCACCUAGUCAUAAGGAGUUUUAUUUGGUGUCUGUAGAAGAAUUAGUCCCACUGGGACAGUAUAGCCUAGUUUCAUGCGGCUGUGUAACGAGGGAUCUUCCUGCAAAAAGCUGGUACGAGAUGACAGGAGACUUUGAUUUUUGUUUGGAAUCAUUCAGCUUACAGAUAUUUAAACAACUGGCUGAGUUUGGUGAUGUGAAGAGAGCACGAACAUAUAUUGCUGCCUGAUUUCAGAGGUACAUCUGCAGCCACUCCUUUCAUGCGCAACACCUGUGCAAGAAGUGCACUUCACUUGCUCAGAUAUCCAAAGCAUACCUUCACCCGGGGCUAUCAAUCAGAACAUGUCAGGGAGAGAGAUCCUGCCCUGUAGGGAAGCAGUCAGAGCAUGAAGACUGUGUUAUCCAGCCGCCUCAUUUAACGUAGCUCCAUCCCCAAACAGUAAAUAAUGUACAUGUGGUGGGCAUGAGUCAUCGCUCCCGCAACCGCGUCAGCGGAGCUCCCUGCUCUGCACGGUUUACGCAUUAAAGUGUAAAUGAAAGAGAGCUUUUAUUAUACAUCGAAUCCGUACGAGGGACCGUUCCGAGGCAAUGGCUUAGGGCCAUUUCCUCGCGUUGGGCCGAGCGACUGCGGCACAAGAGGAGGGCGGGCGGGCGGGCGGAGGGAGGCUUUGCCAUUUUUAGCAAAGUGAGCCCAUAAACCGGCGCGCACCCUCCUCUUCCUCUCUCGGAGUUGCUUUGUCUCACGGAGGUAGGCUCUGCUACGGCUCUCGGAGUCACGCCGUUAGCGAGCAGCGCCCGACCGCCUCAGGCCGCCCCUGUGGUACCAUUAGGAGGGGGCUGCGCGGCGCCCGCCCCGCAAGGCUGAGGAGAAACGCUGGCGGCGGCGGCGACCCCGCCCUGAGGCGCCGUCCCGCCUCGGAGCUCAGCGCCUCCCGUUCCCCGUCGAAGGGGCCGCACCUGGCCCGGCCGUCCUUCCCAGCCGGUCGGGGGGAAGUUUGCGGGCGGGACGAGCGCAGCCGGCAGCCGGUGCGGGGAGAGGCGGAGCUGGCUCUCCUGCGUUCCUCCCGUCACACGGGGGCCGCGCGUGGGAGAGCCGGCCCAGGUGGAGGGAGAGCGGCUGGUUGGGGCGGGGCGGGGGAGGGGACGCGGGCGGGGACGCGGAGCCGGGCGAUGGGGAGGGAGGUGGAGGCUCCGGAGCUCUUCGUCCGCCGGCUCGGGCUCUGACGUGCCGCCUCGGCAGCGGCCCGGCGCAGCCCCCGGGGCUUCCCUGAGCGGCCGUGGGAAAAAGUGCCCCGAGAGCGACCGGGCGCCAGGUGAGCGGGUCGCGCGUUGGGGUGCUCCGGCCGUUUAGGGGUUGCGCUUUGCCUUUCGGUUGCCGGGCGCUACCUGCCGCUCUCGGGAAACUUUGUGCCGGUGUGCGAGCGGCCGGGGGGAGGCUGGUUGGUUUGGCCAGGAGCCGGGCUGCUGGCAGCGGGAUUGUUGUGUGUGCGCUGAGCUCGUGAGUCAAUAUUGAUUUGCGGGACUCAGGUAUUAACCGCUCGCGUCUUAGAAGGCUCAUUAGCGGUGACUCGUUUCCAUGACAACGGGACCCCUCUGAGGCUUCGGGGUUAUCUGGUUGCCCGCCUUCGUCUCUUUCCUGUUCGUGAGAUGGACUCGUACCGCUGUCAUGUUUUGCCGCCGAGGAGAAAAACAAGCAAUAAAAGCGGAGCGAUCCGCGGCCCCAGUUCAGCGUUCGCGGCUGCGGUGCCUUCCUUAACGAUGCACGGACGGGACUGAGCAGUGUGGGAGAAAGGCAGAUGAGUUUCCAAGUAUCCUUUUCAAGCUUAUAAAGCACACAGCUUCAUAUAACAGCAGUGAUUCUCUAAUGGACCAAUGAAAGCCAACAAUGACAAGUUGUGGUCAACAGUCCUUGAAUGUGCUGAUGGUUCUGCUUUCAUUACUCUUGUCAGCAGUGUUGUCCGCACAUUUUCGGGUCUGCGAGCCAUAUACAGACUACAAAGGACGCUACCACUUUGGUUUUCACUGCCCCCGUCUUUCUGACAAUAAAUCUUACAUCUUUUGCUGUCACCAUAACAACACAGUAUUUAAAUACUGCUGCAAUGAGACAGAAUUUCAGACUGUUAUGCAGAUGAACUUAACAGGGAAUGCAGAUGGAUAUAUGCAUAACAACUACAGCGCACUGUUAGGGGUGUGGAUCUAUGGUUUUUUUGUGGUGAUCUUGCUGGUACUGGACCUUUUAUAUUACUCUUCAAUGAACUAUGAUAUUUGCAAAUUUUACCUAGCACGGUGGGGAAUCCAGGGAAAGUGGAUGACACAAGGACAGAGCCGAUGGAUUAAUUCUGCUCAGGACCCAAGCCAAGUACAGACUCAGCCUCAGCCAGAGACACAGCCUCAAACUCAGCCUCAGCCACAGCCUCAGACGUCACAGACAGUACAUACUCUAAAAGGAGAUGCUUUAAGCCCACCCCUGAUGUCUUUUCAGAGUACAUCUGCCUGAAAAGUAUAUUGAUGUGCCUCAGGAUGGGAGAGGUAAGAUCAGACUCCAUGGAGCAGCUUUCAAGGAAACCAAUUCAAUGACAAGAGCUUAAAAAAUGGUGGAUAAACAUCAGAGAGAGAAAAAGGACCGGAUGGAGGUUGAACAAGUCACCUGGAGAGAAACAUCUUUCAGACAACUUCUAUAGGCAAACAGUGUAGAAAGAGUUUCCAGAAGACAGUAGUCCGUAAGCAAUAUUUUAAUCUUAGACCAACAAUAUUAUCUUUGAAAGGAAGCAUAAUGUCUGAGAAAGUGCUCAGUAGGAAGAAAAUAAAGUUGCUCUGGCAAAUCUGGACAAAGGUGGAAAAAGAUCACAAGACAAACCUUUGGUAGAUAACUUUUCUUUGCCUCCCCAUCCAUCUAUUGCCAUUUGAGCCUAAUCUAAAUGUCAGAAUAAGGAAUGUGAGUUUUUCCAAAGUUCUCUGGUGGUUACUUUGUCACAAUAGAGUAGAUGCUGGCAGUCCCCAUGUUGUCAUGCAUAACAAGGUAUGUGAAGCCUUCACCACCAAACUGCAGGAUAGCAGCUGAUUCAGCCUUAGUGCACAUUUUAAGAUCAUUGGCAAUGAUUUUGCUAAGAUAUCAAAUACCUGAAUACAUCUCAGCUUCAGCUUCACAUGCUUUUCUGAAGAGGGGAGCUUUUAUUAAGAAGCAACAGACACCCCGUUCCUCCCCCAUACUCCUUGAAGCUGAAGGAAUAUUAGAAGACGAGCAACAACCUUUAUAUUACAAAAGCAAUAAUACCAUUGUCCCUCUGCUUUACAAGGCAAUAAUCCAAUUCCCUCAGCUACUGACUGGUGUCAGAUUUUAUCCCUCUCAAAUCUAAGAGUUCAUUUGUAAGUCAGAAGAGCAAUGAUGCUGCCACAGAAGCACAUGGAGUACUUGGUCACUAAGUUAUGAUAGCUUAACUUAACUUUCCACAGGACAGGUUUACUUAAAAAUUACACAAUAUCAAUUACACGAGCAAAUUCUGUGAAAUGUAAUCAUUUGUUAAAAUCUAUGUGUGGAAACCCUGGCAAUGACGACUAAGCAGAGUUCAUCUAGAAAUUGCAACACAGCGUCACGCUAAUACCAAAUUAAUUUUUCCUGCCUAAUCUUUUGUCCCACGGAUACAAGUAAUUUUAUAAUAAUGACAUAUUUUAUUGUACAACCAGCAUGAAGAACACUUUGCCAGUCAGUAUAAAGAAGCACCUUGUGAAUAAUUAUUUUUUUAUUUUUAUUUUUUUAGCUUUUUUGAUUUGAGAGCAUUUUAGUCUUAAGGUGAACUCAAAAGGGAUAUAUUCCUGAGAGAUCUGAGCUAAUUCAUAGCUACUGGAGUGCAUGACAGAAUGCAACUGAAUUCCCCAGGAACAAUUACUGCUGGGGGAGCCAGCAGGACUAGAGAGCAUAGGAGCGCCUGGUCUCCAAAGAAGAUCUGAAGAGGAUUCUGAUAUGCUCAAGUCCCUUUUCUUUGCAAUCCAACUGGUAAAAAUAAAAAAAGCAGAGUACCUCUGUAUGGAAGCAGGCAACAACUAACUACCAAGAACUUAAAUGCUGCAGAUAAGUAUCCUAGCCUGCAGGCAUUAGGCUCCAGGUAAGCAGAAGCCUGGCUGCCCUCUCUCUUCACAGAAUGUGUGUUCUUCUUUGCAGCACUUCAAAUAAAAAGCAGUCAGUACUUUUAAAACCUUGUUUCACUCCAAACACAGCGGACCUUAGUUUUUCACAAGAACAUUUCAUUAGUGUAUGGCAGAAUCAUUCAAGGAACUUCAGCUGGGAACAAAAAAGAACCUCCUGCAAACAAGCACCGUAAGUAGCUUGCAGACAUCAGCACAGCCCCAAUGGCUCUAUCGUGGGAGCCUGGAGCUUCAGCAGGGGAAUGAGCUGAGCUCUGAGUGUUGGCAGAUCUCUCCUAGUGAGGACGCGUGGCGAUGCUAGCAGGGUCACCUUGCAAGAACAGCAAGAAAGCUGGAAACAACACUAUCCAUGCCUCUGGAGGCAUCGUGUCCUCUCCCACUUCCACAUUGGCUCCAAGAUUCACGAUCCCUUGCAGACAGCCACCAAAGUAUCUAUGCCUACAGCAGUCAAUCCCACCUUGGUGUUUUGCAGUAGCUGUUUGCUCCUUUGGCCUUCCGUCAGCAUCUUCUUUCAUUAUGAGGCAAUGGGCCACAGAGAGCUUUGUAAAAACUUAUGUUCAUGGAGGAAUUUGUAUUAGAUACUGAUUUGUGUGAAUUACUGUAUUUUGUAAGGGUUUUUUUCCCUCUGGGAAUUGUGCGUUAUUAAUGAGCAGUUUUAUGCUUUACUUCUAGUACAUGUAUACCUUGUAAUUGAUGAGCAGUUUUCUUUGUUUUCCUUUGAUUCUACAUACAAAGCCAGUUAAUAUAAGGUAGAUACUCUCUGGCUGAAGUUCUGAUUUUGCCUACCAAUUAAUUUAUGGAUAAAUCCACAUCGUAGUUGAUGAUAUGCAUCAACUGUUUUGCUAUAAUCACCUGAUAGCCUACCUAGUUUUGCAGAAUAGACCUUGAAUAAGACUAAUGCUUGCUGGGCCUUAAACUAAAGGGAAACAGUGCACACAUAUUUCCCAACCUCGACUUCUGUCAGCCCUUCUCCCACACUGAUUUCCCAUACUGACAAGAUAUUGCAGAAGAGCACUGCUAGACGAAAGGUAGCCUGAACAUUCUAAACUUCUGUAUAGCAGAGCUCUGAUAGUGCCGUGCAUUCACUGACCAAAGUAAUAAUCAUGGUGUACCAGAUGAACUGCAAUGAAUCAUUGAAGUAUUUCUGCAGAAAGAGCCUGGUUCAAACACGAUCUCUCUCUAAAAGAAAAGACCUAGGCGAAAAUAUAUUUCUCAGUUUCCACCCUGAUAUAGUUUGAAAAACAAAGGAUAUAAAAUUAACAAAAAAUGCAUAAUUUCAUUGUACACCCUGUACACCAAUGGCAGCUACUUCAGUGGCUGUUAGUUACAUUUGUGUUCCAGAAGCUUUCUUCCUUGUCCAACUCAUCUUCUCUCCUACAUUUUACUGAGAACUGAGUGUCCAACUUCUUAAUAAUUGCUGUGCGUAACAUAGAACAUAAAAAGAUACGUAAUACAGCUUGUGCUGGACUUGGUGUUGUAAUUAACCAUAUUUCGUGCCUGGUUAUCGAUUGUACAAAAAAACAGAAAGUGACAACAACCUGGCCUUUUAAUGUAUACAUCAGCAUAUUGUAGCAGCUAUUUUAGAUAACUGUUUUUAAUAGUUUUAUUAUGGUUGUAAUUUCUAUUAGAGGACUGUCCACUUACAGAAGUGUUGAAGUAAUGCAUCAAAGCAAUUUUUAAAUCCAGUUCUAUUUAAUUACCAGUGGUGACGUAUGAAAAUUAGGACAACUGAAACAAAACCCCAAACCCAACCAACUCACUGGAAGGAAACAUGUUUUCUCAUCCUUGAAAAUUCUAAUUUGAAAAUUGCGUAAGACAGACAUUUUUUUCUAGUCCUCUUUUUACAUAAGUAGUAAAUCACUAAGAAGAUAAUAGAUACAGUACAAUAGUCCAUUUUAAUAGUCUGCAGUCAAAUUUUAGGCUAAUUAAGCAAACUAGAAAUUCUAGGGUUACAGUGAUUUCUCACUAUUGAUAUGCUGACGAUAAUACUGUUUACAUAACACUCGAUGUUUGAAAUCAAUAUGUGCCAGUGUCCAGUGAUUUGCUAAUCUAGUUUUUGAUCUAAACCUGUCCUGUUUUUUGCAGCAUACUUAACUUCAUAAUAUGAAUCAUGUUGUCUUUCUAAAGUGGUUGCCAAGUAAACCAAAAAUGUGUUUUACACUGCUAUUGCACUGCUCUUGUCUUUAUAUACAGUAGUUUUUAUAAAGAUGUCCUUAGGUUUUAAUAAAUGAGUGUAAUGUAAACUAUUCUCUGUAAUAAAACUUGCUUUAA